AUGUUGCUUCCAAUCCUGAUCGUCAUCAUCGUUCCUCUUCUCGUCGUUAGAACCAAAGCAAACCCAGACUUAAUCGUUGAUUUGGGUUACACUCAAUAUGAAGGUAAAUCGUCCAAUGGUAUCAAUCAAUGGCUGGGUAUGAGAUACGCAGCACCACCCACCGGAGAUCUCAGGUUCAGAGCCCCUCAGGAACCAUUAGCUGCUCCACGACAGACUGCACACCAACAUGGAGCUCUCUGCCAUUCUACUCCUUCCACCAGCCUUGACCCUAGAACCUCGGAAGACUGCCUUUUCCUUGACGUCUAUGCCCCCGCGGACAAGUCUGUUCUUCAUCCUGUCUAUUUCUUCAUUCAAGGAGGCGGCUUCAAUUCUCUCUCGAACGCAAACCUGAACGGCUCCAGUCUGAUCGAAGCCGGAGACCAUGAUAUCGUGGUUGUCACUUUCAAUUAUCGCGUCGGUCCUUGGGGUUUCUUGGCUAGUAAGGAGGUCAAGGCGGGAGGGGAUCUGAACGCUGGAUUGUUGGACCAGAGGAAGGCGUUGCAGUGGGUACAAAAGUAUAUCCAUCUGUUCGGGGGUGAUCCCAAGCACGUGACAAUUGGCGGAGAUUCUGCUGGUGCAGCAUCAGUCAACCUUCACCUUAUCGCAUAUGGAGGCCGCGAUGAUGGAUUGUUUCAUGCUGCUAUAGGAGAGAGCAACUCCUUUGGUGCACAACUGACGGUUGAGGAGUCACAAUACCAGUACGAUGGCCUUGUCCAGCGUACAGGAUGUGACAAGUCACCAGAUACACUGAAAUGUCUUCGUGAUCUAGACGUGGAAGUUAUAGCCAAGAACAACAUCAACAUGCCAACCCCUGGCGGUGUCCCCAACGGUCUUCCAGUAUUCAUGUACGGGAAUGUCAUCGAGGGACCUGGGGGAUUCUGUGAAAAUUACACGUACAAUGCAUACGGUUCUGGAAAUUUCAUCAAGGUACCAGUCAUAUUCGGUGGCGUCUCAAAUGAGGGCACUAUCUUCACUCCCCCUAAUAUCAACACACUCACAGACAUGAACAAUUUCCUGAAGAACAACUGGGUGAAGCUGAGCACCGGUCAGCUUGACCAGAUCGAUAAGUUCUACCCCCAAGAUAAGACUCGCUAUAAGGGUAAAGGAGCGUGGUGGUCAACCGCCGCCACUGCAUAUGGUGAGAUCCGGUACAACUGUCCCGGUAUAUUCUUGAAUGAUAUGUACCAAAAUUACGGUGGCGGGCAGACCAACUGGCAUUACCAUUGGGACGUUUUGACUAGCGCAAACCAAGCGUCGGGAUUAGGAGUGACGCACACUGAGGAAAUGUCUUCUAUAUGGGGCUCCGCGACUGGGGUGGAAGGAAAACUCAUUCCCACCAUUCAAAGCUACUGGACGUCGUUUAUCCGCACUAAGGAUCCAAAUACCUACAAGCUUCCGAGCGCACCAGCGUGGGCACCCUUCGGCCCCGCUAUGGCGAGGUUGCAUUUCCCAAAUGACCCAAAGAAUGUGGGCAUGGAGGUUGUGGAUCCUGUCCAGAAGGAUCGGUGCCAUUACUAUAGAGUUAUUUCUAAUAUGAUUGGUCAAUAA